AUGGCCUUGCCGGGUCAGAUCAUGUCGGCCACGCUGGCCGAGGUGGAAAAAGGUCAACGCGAGAACAUUGACGCGGCCCAGCUGGCUCUGGAAGAAAUGCACAAGCAGAUAUCGGUAGUAAACGCACGGAAGCACGACCGCUCGCGGCAGUACGAUAAGAAGAAGGGCAUUCAGAUAGCCCAGUUCGUGGUGGGGGACUAUGUCCUCUACCAAAACGUAUGGGCGCACUUGCGCCAGAAGUUGCGGACCAAGUUGUGCGACCCGGCUGUCCUCACCGAGGUGACCAGCAACUGGGUGUACGACGUCGAGAUCCUGCUGACUCACGACCUUCGCCUCGUCCACACCAGCCGCCUGAAGUUCUACGCAGACUGCGACUUGGACGUGACGUCCGAGCUGCUGGCCCAUAUCGCCCAUAACUCAGAAGGUUUCAUAGUGGAAGCCAUGAUGGACGCGCGGUACGUCCCCUAG